UAGUAAAAUUUCCAAAAAAGAGAAGUUAACUUUACAAUUUGUUUCAAAUUGCAAUACAAAUUCAAAACGGGAAAAAUAUAUUGAAGAAUUAAAAAAAUAUACAGAAAUCACACAAAUGGGUUGGUGUGUUGGGAAAAAUGAUUGUGGGCGUGAAUGUGAGGAUAAAUUAAUUGAUUCCCAUUUCUUUUAUUUGGCCUUCGAGAAUUCUGUUUGUGAUGAAUAUUUGUCAGAAAAGUUUUGGAGAAUUAAAAAUUUGAUUGUCCCUGUAGUUUUGUCAAGAAAAAUUUUUAAGAACGAAACUAUUCCGAAAGACUCAUUUAUUGCGGCAGAUGAUUUUGCAACUCCAAAGGAAUUAAUAGAAUUUCUGAAAGAUGUAGCAGCAGACAAAAAUCGUUAUAAAAGUUAUUUUAAUUGGACAAAAAAAUUUAAACGAACAAAAUACGCAAAAGAAUUUUGGAACCCAACUUGUAAACUCUGUACUUCUUUACAACCUUUUUGUGAUCUUUGUAAAUUAGCACAUACAAACAAAAAGGAAUUGAGAAUAAAUAAUAUUUAUGCUUUUUGGGAUGGAGGAGGGAAAUGUUUACAUGGUUAUGCUGAAAAUGUUCUUUUAAAUUAG